UGCGUCUGAUGUCAACUACACAGCUGCAAUGACCGACCUCAGUGUAGCUUUGUCUGAGAUCUUGGUUGAAAAGCACUCCUCAAAGAGAUUACGCCGGAACCUAGAUCUCGCAGGCAAGCUAGAUUCAUUCCUGCGAGAAGCGUACCAGAUCAACAGGUCCAUCUCGUCCCUACUAGGCUACCUACGAGCCAUCCGCACCCCGUACCUUUCGACGGCCCCUCCUCCUCGCCACCAGAAACACACAGGGGUCGAGAGACAUUCUACCUUCUCCCACAUCCCAGGGCAGGAUGUGCCGGACCAUCUCAAUGACACGCAGCGAGAAGCGAUCGACUCCGAGACGUCGUCGGUCCUUCGCGACAUCAAUAACAAGAUAACCAAUCUCACGUCGGCGGUCAACCUACAGCACGAGACCGCGAGUAAAGUCCUCGAGAGAAAAUAUGGGAAACCAGACGGGUUUCUCUGGCGGUGGGCGGCGGGCGACGGCGACACCCCCGACGCAGGCAAAUCACAGAAGCAACUCGACGAAGAAGGGCAACUGAGGACCACAAAGAUGUUCCGGGACGGUGUAUUGUGGUACCUGAACAAAUUCCUCAAGGACGCCAUCACCGCCCAGCAAGAGAUGGUUGAGAAGCGACUGGAGCGCGAGCAGCAGAAGCAAAUGAGUAUACUCUACAACCCACGAAACAAGGGCGUGCGGGCCAGUCGCGAUACAGAGACGGGCGCAAACGGCGGCCUCGAGACGAUUCCUCCGACCCAAGAUCUACGCGGUCACGACGAGUACAAGCCCUGGGCCGACCCUUCGCAGGGCGGGGUCGAACAGGAACUCUCGCCCGAACAACUCCAGCUGUUUGAGGAGGAAAACAGAGGGAUAUUCGAGCAUUUCAACGACCAACUCGCCAAGGUGACGCAGGUGGAAAAGUCGCUGAUGGAGAUCGGCAGUUUGCAGCAGACGCUGGUGGGCCAUCUGAGUGUCCAGGGGGAGAUGAUCGAUACUCUGGUUCAGGAUGCGGCCAACACGGAUGAGAAUGUGCGCAAGGGAAAUCGAGAACUGAAGAGGGCGAGUGAGAGGGGGAGUACGGCGAGGUUGGUGUUCUAUGCUACAGUGGGCUUUUGUUCGUUUCUGGUGGUGUGGGAUUUCAUAUUCUGAUGCUGGGAUAUGGAAAAGAAGGCAUAUCAGAAGGGACAGUCCUGCAUGAACAGACAUAACAUACGGAGCCGCGCAGCAAAAGUGUCAAUCACACUGCCUCCAAUGCCUGCGCAAUCGUCAACAGUGGUAUAUCAGGUAGGGAACAAGACCCAGGAAGAAUAAGCCCGUGAACGCGAAUCUCAGCGGCCGCGAAUACCUCAGAACCCGCGAGCGUAGAGACCUCUCCCUCAGGAACAGGCCACCGGCCAUACUGGCGUUCGCUAUUCGCCAGCGCAACGAGUGCAGACACUCACGUUAUUAUCGCUCGGUUAUUCGCCACAGUAAGUUGAGGUCUGGAUUAAAGUUCCUGCGAGACAGGCUAGGAGGAUUCUUCAAAAGGCAACAGAGCGUGGUUAUCGUACGCAGGAGGAUCCUCGCAUUCUCGAUCAUUAUGUUAAGGACGGCGUCAGGAUAUGAAGACCCAAGGAGAUAACUGAAGAGGUUGAACAAUGUGUUCUACCGUUCGUUGAAAAGGACACAUCAGGUAGAGAGAAAUCCAGCGACGUUUUAGCCUAUGAAUCAGGUAUCAGCACAUCCUCUGUUCUACGCGUUCUACGCAAGAAUAACCUCAGGAAUGUCAAACCCACGAGAAAACCUAGUCUGUCAAGGGCCCAGCGUUCAGUUCGAUUGCGGUUCUGCCUACGCUAUAAGGACUGGACGCUGGAGGAUUGGAAGAACGUUAUCUAGAGCGACGAAACCUCAGUUGUGCUAGGUAAACGAGGAAGGCAGAGAAUCUGGCGGCGAGCGGACGAG